GUUGUCUACCCUGGGAUAUAGUCCCUUAGAAGCCUUUUGCUCUGGCCUUUGUCAGUCAGGGCCCUACAUGUUGCUCAGCUGGUGACUGUAGCCUCCAUAACUCCUGAUGCCUGGUUCAGUCCCCAGAUUCCUGGGGUUCCCCUGGCGGUACACAGAGCUGCAGUGUGCAGGCUGCUUUCCUGGCACCUAAUAUAUGCUAGAAGCUUUUGCAGAAUGGCUGCCAGCCAGUGCUCAGGGGCUUGGCCAAGGGCAGAGAAGUGAUUAAUGCAGCAAAUACUGCUGUUCCAUAUUAAUAAAGGGCCCAGGAGAGGCCUGUAUCUCCUCUGCUAACUGGGGGACAAUUGAGGCACCAGCCUGUGCAGUGAGCUACUGUGGAGACUCCCUAGGCAGGGAAAAAGGGGUAGUCAGCUGGUGGCACUGGACUGCCCCACAGACAGCUCCCUGUGCAGUGCUUGGAAGCUGGAAAUUGCCAGGUGUGUGUGCUCCAAGUGGGUGUCAGGAGCAUUUCUACCUGAACCAUGCCUGAGGGAUUCUGAGGCUGCAGGGAUCGCAGCCUUGUUGCCUCAGCACCCGAAAUUGGGGAUGUAGUUCCACAUGCACAUCCCUAAUGGGCCACCACAGUUGGGGACCACAGGACUUUGCCAUUGUAUGUGGGGGGGUGGGACUGUGUUGCCACCUCAGCUGACAAGGUCCUGCAACGUGGCAAUGGUAGCAUGGAAAAGCCACGAGCAAGGGACUGUGCUCCCUUUGCUGGGGAUUUUAGCAGAGGAAGAUGCUGAAGACUGCAAAGUCUGUGAAGUGUUGGUGGGGGUCACUCCUGGGAAGGGACAAGGUGGUACUGAGAUGAGAUGCAAGAGUCUGUUUUUGGAGUGGUUGAGAGGGAGGCAAAGGCAGGUGCUGAGGGACAGAAACUACCCUGGAGCUGUGGCUGCACAGAGAGACGUGCACCAGCACAGGGAGGAAUCUGAGCAGGUGGUGGGGCCCAGGCAGGACUAGGCAAAGGCAGCCCAGGGCCUGAAGGUGAGAAGGUAGGAAGGGGUAGCAGGAGCACCUGGGAGGGACUGUGUCCCCUGCCCCCCCCGCAGUGGGAGUCCUGGGCAACUGGGGUGGCUCCUCUGUGACCUCACUGCAGAACUGGUGGAACCUGUCAGUGUGCACCAUGCUGCACUGGCUUCUGCUGCUCGCCCUGCUGCUGGGGGCUGCCCUCCCACAGCCUGUGCACCAGAGGGUCAGCUACUCGGUCCCUGAGGACUUCUCUGCUCCCUUGGAGCUUCCGCAGAAGCACUUUGGCCUGGUGGAUGAUUACGGCAUCAAACCCAAGCAGCCGCGCUUCCCAACCCGGGCGGCCCGGGAGCGGCCGGCGGUGCUGCGCAGAGCUGGCAAAAGCAAGCGCGAUGGUCUCGACUUGCUGGAGUACUACGAUGAUGCCCAGCUGUGAGCCAGUGUGCCCCCGUGCCCACCACAGCCCCACAGCUGCUGUGUCAUCAUACUGCAAGAGAUUGACUCUGCCACUGCAAUUAAAAGUCACCCCAGAUGGAUGUGAUGGGAAGCUGUGCCAUGGUCACAAGGAGGAGAUGCUGUCACCCCAGCCUGCAGCUGGAAAGGGCAGGAGCAUGCUACUGCCCCCCCAACCGCUCACAAGCAGGGCACCCAGCAGGUGCUUCUCCAAUAGAAUAAACUAAGAGUA